GAAAAUGGCAGGCCCAGUCUCCGGAGGGUCUAGAACAAAUUGGGCUGGCCCAUUCUAGUCAUUUUGGGCUUUGCACUACCCAAUACUCUUACCACCGUCGGCACAUGGUAGCGUUCCGGCGACAGUAGUCCAAAAACUGCGUUACGGCGACAGAAGUCCAAAAACCAGCUUAGGACCGAGCAUGAGCUCAGCAGAUCUACCACGGACGGAGGCUAACGUGCUCCGGGGGCACGAAGGCGCAGUAUUAGCAGCGCGGUUCAACUCGAACGGCGAGUAUUGCCUGAGUUGCGGCAAAGACCGCACCAUACGGCUUUGGAAUCCUCACCGUGGAUUGCACAUCAAGACCUACAAGUCGCACGGCCGUGAAGUUCGCGACGUUCACGUUACCCCGGAUAAUUCGAAAAUAUCUUCGUGUGGAGGCGAUCGGCAGGUGUUUUACUGGGAUGUGGCCACCGGUCGUGUUAUUCGGAAAUUUCGUGGUCAUGAUAGUGAGGUAAAUGCUGUGAAAUUUAAUGAGUAUGCAUCAGUUGUGGUAUCAGCUGGCUAUGACCGUUCUGUGCGUGCGUGGGAUUGCAGAUCUCACAGCACUGAGCCUAUUCAGAUUAUUGACAAUUUUUCAGAUAGUGUCAUGUCAGUCUGUUUAACAAAAUCUGAGAUAAUUGCUGGAAGCGUUGAUGGAACUGUUCGAACAUUUGAUAUCCGAAUGGGUAGAGAAAUAUCUGAUAAUUUGGGACAGCCUGUCAACUGCAUUGCUCUCUCAAAUGAUGGCAACUGUGUAUUAGCCAGCUGUCUUGAUUCUACUUUAAGGCUUUUGGACAGAUCUACUGGCGAAUUGUUGCAAGAAUAUAAAGGCCAUAUUUGCAAGUCAUUCAAGAUGGACUGCUGCCUAACAAACACAGACGCCCAUAUCACUGGAGGUUCAGAAGAUGGUUAUGUUUAUUUUUGGGACCUUGUUGAUGCAAAUGUUGUCUCCAGCUUUCGAGCUCAUUCUUCAGUGGUAACAAGCGUUAGUUAUCACCCAAAGGAUGACUGUAUGGUUACUGCUUCAGUUGAUGGAACAAUUCGUGUUUGGAAAGCGUGAGAACAUAAAGACAUUACGGGAUUUUUGGCUUCAAGUCGCCUUUUUAUAUUAUCUUCUUGAAUAUUUUGAUUGGACCUCAGAGGAGAGCAAUUCGUUUGUAGUUCAGCCAGUGAUGGAUAUCGAAUUCAAGUAACUGUGGUGGUAUUUUCUAUUCUCUAAAUGCAAGAAGUUUGAUGCGCACAAAGACAGGCUUCAUUAUAUGUACUUAAGUUGAUACAUAAAAUAUAAAGCAUGUAAAUGUUGGUCCUAGGCCUGAAAUCUCAGGUUUUAGGGGAAAAAAGAUAGAAACAGAUUUUUAUUCGGUCAGUUUUGGUGGACUUGCUAUCCUUUAUUUCAAAUUUCUUUGACCAUGAAAGCUUACAUAAGUAGCAAUGCCUGUAACUGGUGUUUUUUGUGGAACUGUAAAGAUUUUGCUGGAUUUUAACCUUAUGUGAACGAAAACAUCGCUAUAAUCUCAGGAGCAUUCAUAUCAAAUAAUCGAGAACCGAAUAGCGAAAGCAUACUUGACGGAUUAAUCUCGAUUGAUUGCGUCGGAACAUGAAUUUGGGU